AUGGAGGGCCAAGAUCUCUCCCCACCCCGCAUCGACGACACAUCUCGACCGUCCCUCGGCUUCCCCUUGGGCACUGCCCUCCUCUUGAUCAUAAUCUUCAGCCUCAGCGGCAUCUUCUCCUGCUGCUACCACUGGGACAAGCUACGCUCUUUUCGCCAAUCUCUCUCUCACCCCCACCCUGCACCCUCCCACACUCAAUCCCAACCCUCCAGGGAGGUGAAGCAAAACAAAGGUGAGAGCUUGCCAGUGUUGAUGCCUGGGGAUGAAGUGCCCAAGUUCAUAGCCAUGCCUUGUCCGUGUCAACCUUCCCGCCCGGACACCUUCGUUGUCACCGUAGAGAACCCACCGCUCAAACCGCCGCUGCCGGUGCCGCCUUUGUGUUAG